UCGGCCGGCGCGCGCGCACAUAUCCAAUAAUAUCUAUUAUUAACAUAAAUAAGGCAAAAAUGCGGCCAUUACGCAUUUGUUGAACAUUUAGCGACCUUAUUUUUUGUGUAAUGUGAUGAUGUGAUUUUUUUUAAAACAGUUUCAAAAGUUGUUUAAUAUUUUUUUACAAAAUAUGUUAAGAUACCUAAGACAAGUACUAGGGUUGCAGAUUAGAAAGGAGAUAUAGUUUAUAGAAGGACAUUAAAAUAGGACACUGUGAAAGUGAAUUUAUGAGUGUUAGUGUUAUUGGGAUUACGGAAUAAUCUAGGAUUUAUAGCCCUUUGACAAGAUGCUGAGCUUCCAAGAGAUCGCCUUCCAGGCGGAGAUGGAUCGCCACAACGACCCCGAGUCGGAGCAGGACGCCUUGACCCUCUGCGAUGAGGACCCAGCCACCAGGAAGAGGAACAUAGAGGAACUGAGGAGAAUUAUAUUUGAGAGAGGUGAAUGCCACCCGCCGCGGACUGACGAUGCGUUCCUGCUUCGCUUCUUGCGCGCGCGCCGCUCCAUACCGGCCAGAGCUCACAGGCUGCUAGUGCGCUACUGCAAUUUCCGUGAGCAGAAUCCUCAUCUGUGGCGCGACGUGGACUGGUACGCCCUUCGGAGACUUGGCAACGUGUUUGAGGGAGUCCUGUUUGAUCGGCCCGAUGUUGGCAGACUCAUCAUUUGUAGAUUGGGUCAAUGGGACCCAGACUUGUUCUCCAUCGACGAGCUGACGCGGGGCUGUCUCCUGCUCCUGGAGAUCGGGAUCAUGCAGCCCAAGCUUCAGGUGCUGGGUGGAACAGCCCUGAUAGACUGCCAAGGACUGACCAUGAAGCAUGUACGGCAAAUCACCCCCUCGUCUGCUAUACACGCUAUGAACGUUCUGGGGUAUGCUUUUCCCUUGCACCAGCGUGGUAUUCACGUGAUCAACUGCUCCAGAAUAUUCGAGACGGUGUUCCACUUUUUCAAACGACUGGCACCAUCCGAAGACCUUUGGAAGAAGGUUUACUUCCACGGAUAUGAUAACAGCUCUUUACACCGAUACAUAUCGCCCGAUUGUCUUCCAAAACGGUACGGGGGCUACCAAACCGAAGUCUCUCUGGACUUGUGGUUAACGAAGAUCAAGCAGUAUAAAAAUAAGAGUUUCGAUAGUGAUAUGAGGACUUUAGGCUAUUAUGUUGAUUAGCAGAUAUAUUUCUCAAUGCUACCAGCUCCCGAAGUAUGGCACGCGGGAAGCCAUUUUUAUUAGAAUAGAUUAGAUUUAUUUUCAAUAUUUAAUACAAGGUAUCACUUAUUGACGUCAUAUCACUUAAAUCUAAUUAUAACUACUACCGCUUCCGCAUGUGUUGAAGAAGCGGCGAAACAAACUACACUGCAGCAUUUUCAUCGGACGUCAAUUUACAAAUUUAUUGCGCGAAAAAGUAUCGCUGUUUCGCGUUUUAUUAUUACCUAAUACGAGACAGCGAUAGUUUGAACAUGCGUCCCGUGUGCCAUACUACAGGGGCUUUACAACAGGACUACUUAAACCCUUUCCAAUGAAUGCAGUAAAAGGUGACUAAGAAAAUAAACAUCACAUACCCAAAUCUUUUACUACGAUCCAUUAAGGGUUCCCUUGUAAUAGUUGCUGAGAUCAGAUGGGAACAUACCUAUAUCUUUUGCCACGAUCCAUUCAGGGUUAGGUUUUAUUUUUAUUUAUUUAAAUACACAUAACAAAUUGUAGGAAAAAUAUACAUAGUAGUAAAAUUAUAAGGUUACGAUCUACACUACAAUUCAAAAACAGUGUACAUACGAAGACCAUAUAAGAAAAAUGCAAGCAGUUAAGAGAUACAAUAUAUGAUAAUGAUAUAGAUAAAUAUUAACUAAAAAAGAAAUUUAAGGUUCCUUGAUCCUGGAUCAUGUUCAAAAGAACAGAGUUGAUUUACAGAUAAGCAAUAACCAAGCAAUUUUGGAAAUAUCAACGGGAUGGGAUGGAUGUUUUUUUACUGGGACCUUUUCAAAAUACCAAGUGGAUCCCUGAUGGUAUGGUUGUAUAAAAUAAUUACCUUUGUGUAUAUAUGUACUGGAAAUUAGAAUAAAAUAAUAUAUUGUAAUUGUAGGUGAACAUGGCCUAUCAGUCUUUUAAAGGCCGUCGGCUCUGUCUACCCCGCAAAUGCUAUAGAUGCGAUUAUUUGUGUUUAAGUAUGUAGGGUAGAAUGACAAUAAUGUAACUAAAUUGUGAUGUGAUAUAUUUUGCUAAAAGUGUUUAAUUUAAUACUGUAAACUCAGAUAUUAUACAACUUUUACAAUUUUUAAGAUAUUAAUAAGGUACCUAUAUACAAAAUUCUAUGUUACUAUUU